AUGACAUGCGGAAGAUGUGUCUACAGAGAAUUGUGUUUAGAAGUAAUUGGAAACCGCUAUGAAUGUGAAAUGCAGGGAGCAAAGCAACACUUGGAGAGCGAAAAGCUGUUACUGUAUGACAACAUGUACAGUGAGCUUGUAGAACGCAUUCAGAGGCUAGAAGAUGGCAGACAGAAUUUCAACUUCAGCACUGAGUGGUGGAAUGAUGACAUCCAUUCCAAAAAGAAAAAGAAGUGGGAGCUGUCAAAGUCAGAAAAAAAGAAGAAACCUACUCUUGUUUCAGGUCCAUAUAUUGUAUAUAUGCUGCGUGACAUUGACAUUCUAGAAGACUGGAGCACAAUCAAGAAGAUUCUGGAAGGGGAAAACAUGACAGGAAAUGUAAAUAUAGUAAGGGAUCCUUUAAGAAGAAACAGCAUUAGUGUGGUGGAUUCUCCCCAGAGACGAAGCACAAGCGAGAGUAAAGCAGUGGUCUCUCCUCAGAAAAGAAAAUCAGACACAAGAACCAAAAGUGCAGAUGGUAUGCCAAAUUUAAAAAUUAAAAAAUUUUGGGAUGACCUUACUAAAUUCUUACAGGCUAUUUUUACAGAUGCAUUUAUUUCAACCGAAUCUUUAAUUUUCCUAAACGUGAAUGAUAAUAUUGAAAUGAAUAAAAAAGACUUGUAUCUACUUUGGUCCAUAUUGGCUGUAGCAAAAAAAUGUGUAACAAGAAAUUUGAUGUCAACACAUGAACCAACUAUGGAAGGUUUCUUGAAGUUGCUGAAAGAAGUUGCAUUACUUGAAAUCAAAAUUAAAGAACUGAGAACUGCUCCUAAAAAUGGAUUAAUAAUCCUUGGGUGA